AUGCUAGGCGCGGCUGUGGGGUCGCGCGUGGCGGUCGUGGUGCGGGGAGCAAGCCCCGCUAUUGCUGCUCGUGUAGUUGUCAUCCGAUUAGCCGCGAAGCCAGCAGCAGCCAUCGAGAGACGCUCGGGGCCGGCGUUUAUUCGCACCAUGUUGCUCACCAGCAGCGGCACUGCCUACAGAAUACAAAUCCCCACCAACGCACCUGCAUUUCUAAAACGAACGCCGUUCAGAGGUCCUUCUCCGCGCAGGCCCCCAUCUUCUUCGUUCUCGCAUUCGCGCCACCCCCGCGAUCGAGAGCAACCAUUUUCCCAUUCACCACCGCGCUCGACUACUAGCCGCUCCUGGCUUCAGCCCAUUCACUACCGCAGUUCAGAACUCAGAAUUGUUUCUCCUCCGCACGCGCUCGAGUUGCGCGGGGGGUGCGGUGGCGCGCAGGGGGGAGCUGCGCUGAGCGGAGCAGCGCGGCUGAUGACGUCAGCUGCUUGCGGGCAAGCGAGCAGCAGUCGCGGUAGCGUGGGAUUGGGGGGGGAUGAGCGACGGGGUUUGCAAGGGGGAGCGCGAGGGGGAGCACAAGUGGGAGCGCAGAGAGAAGAGCAGCAAUCAGGGCGGCAGGUUGGUGUCAGCACGGAGGUGGGAGGGAAGGGGGAGGAGGCUAGCAAGGGACGCGAGACAAGAGAGACAAGCCAGAGCAGAGAGAGAAGAGCGAGCGGAGAGAGUGGGGAGAGAGGAGGCAAGUCCAGCAGGCAGUGGCGGCGGCUGUGCUACUACCACACUCAAGGGAAGUGCACUCUCAGCGCGGACAAAGACCACCUGAAAAGGUUCUCGCACGACCUGCCCGACCUGUCGAUGCGGGCGGGGCAGCUGAAAAGGGUGCGAAAGCAGGCGUUUGAGUACUUCCUGGUGCUGGACCUGGAGGGGCGCGUGGAGAUCCUCGAGUUCCCCGUCGUGCUGCUCUGCGCUCGCUCCCUGCAAGUCGUCAGCCACUUCCACCGCUUUGUGCGCCCUGACCUCAUGACAGAGGAACGGCAGGCGGAGUACAUCGGAGGGAAGUACGGGCCGUGGGGACUGGCCAGGGUGUGGCAUGACACUGCCAUCCCGUUCGCUCAAGUGCUGGCGGAGUUUGAGCAGUGGCUGGAGCAGCACAACCUGCUGGAUCACAGUAGCACCACUUCCACCACCACCUGGAGUGCGGAGGAUGCUGUGGAAGCGGGUAGAACGGAGGAGGAGGAGCGUGAUGGUGCUGCAGCAUCAGCAUCAGCAUCAGCAGCGGCAGCAGCAGCAGCACAAGCGCUGGGCCAUGGGCCGGGGUUAUGGUCGGCGAUAGUGGUGACAUGUGGCAACUGGGAUGUGAAGAGCAAGAUAGUGGAGCAGUGCCGUGACAGCCAGGUGCCGCUGCCCACCUACUUCCUGCAGUGGACCAACCUCAAGGACGUGUAUCUCAACUUCUACAAGCGCAAGGCAUCGGGCAUGAUGCCAAUGAUGAAGGGGCUGCAGAUGGCGCCCCUGGGCACGCACCACGUGGGGCUGGACGACGCACUCAACAUCACGCGGGUGCUGCAGCGCAUGCUCUCCCACGGCGCCCUCAUCCGUGCCUCCGCUCGCCGUGUUGGCCCGGGACCCUCCGAUGUGGAGUAUGCGUUCAAGAGGAGAGUCAAGUGA